AUGGCUGGGCAAGAGAUUCGAUUUUCACACCAAGUGGCAAACCUUGUGCUGGCCCUCUCUGAACUUCUCAACCGGUCAGGAUCGAGCCAUUGGAUGCUCGCAGGUACGGCCAUCCGAAUGGCCCAAAUUAUGAGACUCAACAAGGAAUAUCAUGAGCGCACAAGCGAGAGGGAGCAAGAGAUACGACGCCGAACGUUCUGGGCAUGUGUGAUGCUUGAUCGAUUGUUUGGAUUCGUCCUGACGAAACCAUUGGCCAUUUUUAUGGAUUCUACGGCAGUCUAUCUCCCCAGCUCAGAAGCAGGAUUGCUAUACGAGGAGGCAAGUAGAGGGCUGACUUUAUCGGCGCUCGAGUCAUUCUCUGGACUCUCUUCUGACGUGGGUAUACUUCCCUACUUUGUCAAGACGAUUGUUUUGUGGGGUGACCACUGCAUCUUUUACAUAUGCAAUAAACGGUUUGUAGAUCCUCUCCCUCCUACCGAUUCAAGCAGCGCCUUCUUCAAGAGUCACUAUGCUUUGUGUAACUGGGAGGCAGCACUUCCCGCAUCCAUGCGAUGGACGGCAAAGAACUAUGAAAUUCAGUCAUCCAUCGGGAACGGGCACACAUUUGUUGCCAUGCACUUCUUGAUCAGGAGCAGUCACUGCGUUGCUCAUCAAACAUAUCUCCCACACCUGGACGGGACGACCAUUAUUCUAGAUAGCACCGACGCAGCUGGCUGGUCUCUUUUGUUCCGGGAGCCAACACUAGCCUCCACAUGUGUGGAAAAUGCUCUCUUGGUUGGGAAAAUGUUGACGGAUCUCUACGAGGCAGGUGGAAUAUCUGUUCAGCAUCUUCAGUCUGCUUGGGUUGCUGCGUCGCUCUUAUCGGUUGCCAGCACGUUCAUGUGGAUUUUGUACGCAAGUGAUGCCGAGUUCUCCACGGAGCAGAAUAAGAGUGCUGUUGAGGGGUAUCUGGACCUCAUUCAACGACUGCUGGUUUCUUGGGAGUCUGAUCAUCGUCUUGUGCGAGCAUGGAUCAAAACAAUUGACGACAUGCAUUCCAUCUACCGUGCAGCGUACUUGGGACAAGUACCUGCGGAGAACGACGAGAAUCUAGAUAGUAGUGAAAGCGAAACUUUAGAUGUCUCGACCGAGUUUAGACCACAGUCCGGAGAUGGAUUUGUACCCCUCAGUACAGCGCGAGAUAUACAUUCCGUUCUGAGGUUGAUUAUGGGAGAUAGCACGGCCAAUCGGCCUAUGGCUCGGUCCGUCUGGAUGUGCUUUUCGUUGGGAUGGCCCCUUUGGCUUGGAGAUCACCUUGACAAUCAAGAUGUUGAAGCAAUAGAAUGA